UGCAUUGCAGUUCUAAAUAAUGUACUCUCAUAAGUGGCUUUACUGAUUAUAAUGUUAAGCGUAGAAUUUUUAUUACACUUUAAGGAACUUAUUACUGAUAAAAGAAAACUGUUUAUAUAUAGAGUGCAAUCGCGACUGGUGCGAUCAUAUAUCUUUGUCAUAUAACUUUGAACACAUUGUUUUAAAUAAAAUCAACCCAAUAAUUUAUUAAUACAAAGUUGGAAAUAUAAUAAUACAUUGAGAAUCAAAUGGGUGAAGAUAUCUUACUCAAAGAAUGUAAAGUGAAUUCCGGAAAUAAACCUCGAGAAUCUAAAAUGGAUAAUCAGGAAAUAGACUUACAUUUUGUGAAACAAAAACUUGAGACCGUACAAAACUCGAUCUUAAAAGAUGUUGACCAAAAAUUAACAAACGUGAUUGAAGAAAUUCUACAGGAUUUUCGCCAAAAAGAACUUCAAGCUCAUGAGUUUAACAAUUUUGUGAAACGAAGUAACAAUAAUUCGACUUGGAGUAAUAGACUGCCUCAAGAAGAACAACCACAGACUGAAAACAUGGAGAAUAAGAACAAUACGUUACUUAAACCCAAACGACCACUUCCAGAUAAAGUGUUUGUUGUUAGAGAAUCCUACCUUACAGCACUGCUCGAAGUCGACCAUAUGAAAAGUAUCUACAAUAUAUUUUUCAUUAUAUUGACAGUAUUUCUGUUAAACAGUGUAUGUUACGAUUAUUUCGUAUUAGGAAGGGUAAACUUUGGUUUAGGCACUAUUAAAAAAGGAAUGCGAGAUAUUCAUCUGGUAAUGGGAAUAUGGACCCUAAUGCACAUUCCUGUAUUAACAGUUUAUUAUGCCCUAAAAGUUUGGGUAAAUUUUCGUCAAAAAUUCAACAAAAAUAAAUCUCUGCAAUCCCUCUGGAGCUAUACGUUUUUGAUACUGUUCGUCAGUCUUCAAUUAUCUCUCCUAUAUGUUGGGACCACCGCAUGCAUUCGACUGAAUUUGCCUUAUAUACCGGGUGCUGUUAUGCUUCUGGAAACUACUCGGCUGAUGAUGAAAAUUCACGGGUUUGUUCGUACAAAUGCAGGCAAAAUAUUAUCUGUCAAAUAUAAGACUGAUGGGGAAACAAUUAGUAAGGAGGUUAUUAUGCCACCUUUUUCAUGCUACUUGUAUUAUCUCUUCGCACCAACGCUCAUUUACCGGGACUAUUAUCCUCGUACCAAUCGUAUCCGAUGGAUGUUUGCACUUAAUCGUCUUUUAGAAGUAGUUGGCGUGGCUUUCUUUUAUAGCUACAUCUUCGAACGCCACAUUCAUGUUCAUUUCUCUAAUUUCGGAAUCGAAGAAUUGACAAAUGCAAGUCUGAUUGUGAAGCUAUUCGGAAUGAUAAUGCCAGGCUUCUUUAUCUUUCUCGCUGCCUUCUAUAUGGUGUUACACUCGUGGCUUAACUUUACAGCUGAAUUAUUGCGCUUUGGUGACCGGAUGUUCUACAAAGAUUGGUGGACAGCAAGAAACUAUGAAGGAUAUUUUCGAAACUGGAAUGUCGUUGUUCAUGAUUGGUUGUAUGAAUAUAUCUACAAAGAUUUUUAUAACCACAUAUUUAAAGGUUCGAAGCUGGCUUCGUCUUUAGCCGUGUUUUUUGUGUCAGCUUAUAUGCACGAGCAUAUUAUUGGCGUUGCAUUGCAAAUGUUCUAUCCAGUGCUGUUUUGUUCUUUUGGAAUUCUUGGAGUCUUCUUGGUCUUCUUAACUAAAGAUUUUUCUCCAAGAUUCGGAAACAUGUUUUUAUGGUUUACAUUAAUAACUGGAAGUAGUUUUCAAAUAUCAACAUAUUCCAUGGAAUAUUUUGCUAGGCAAAAUUGUCCAGAAAAUUUAACAACAAGUUGGAUUGAAUGGCUUACGCCCGUAUCUUGGGUUUGUAACGGCAUGAAGUAAAGCCUAUAGCUAUAAAUGUAACCUAAUAUUAGAAUAUGAUGCCAUAUGUACAUAUUGAUAUUAUUUUAAAGUGUAAAAGUAAAUAAUUGUAAUGAUAAGUAUAUUUUGAUUUACAUUUUUGUACAUACUAUUUAAUAUAUGUAAUCUAACUAAAUUUUCAAAAA